AUGGGGAGAAAGAAAACUAGUGGGAAUCUCGGCCGGUCUAUAAUAAAGGAUCGAUUUGGUAAGAAGAAUAUCGUGAGGCGAGACGACUCGUUUCUUCACACCAGUGACUUACAGGACGGUUAUGACUGGGGUCGGUUGAACCUUCAAUCUGUGACGGAACAAAGUAACUUAGAUGAUUUUUUGGCCACCGCAGAACUGGCUGGAACGGAGUUCACGGCGGAGAAACUCAACAUUCAGUUUGUUGAUCCCUCAAAACACACGGGGUUAAAGCCAGAAGAAUUGGAACAAAUUAAGGAGUUGCAUAAGAAACACGAGACUAUGUUGAGAAUUCCCAGAAGACCACAUUGGAAUGAGACCACUACCGCUGAUCAGUUAAAUGAUAUGGAAAAGGAAAGUUUCCUUCAGUGGAGAAGAGGCCUCUCCGCAUUACAAGAAAUUGAGGGCAUCAUUAUGACUCCAUAUGAAAAGAAUCUUGAGUUCUGGCGACAGUUGUGGAGAGUGAUUGAGCGAAGUGACAUCAUCGUUCAAGUUGUGGAUGCUAGGAAUCCCUUGUUGUAUCAGUGUAAUGACCUAGAACAAUAUGUCAAGGAAGUUGACCCAAGCAAGGUGAACAUUUUACUGAUCAAUAAAGCAGAUUUUCUGAGUGACAACCAGAGACAGGCAUGGAAAGCAUAUUUUGAUAAAGUUGGGACACGCGUGGCUUUCUGGUCUGCCCUAGAGGAGGCGGAACGCUUCGAAAAGUCUGAGAGGGAGGAAAAAAUGGCUGGGAAAUUAUCAGAUCCAGAGAGUGAGGAGGAAGAUGAGGAGGAAAUGGAGAGCGAUGAUGACAAAGAAGAGGAUAAUGUUCUGGUUCCUGCGGAAGUUCGGGAUCAUCAAGACAUAUUGGCUACAACAAAUUCUUGUCCAACCAGUGAGGUUAAUGAAGAUCAGAUUAAUACAGAAAACAAUAUUGACUUGACUUUGAACCAGAAUGAGGCUUCCAGUGGUUCACAAAUAGACAACAGUGUCAAAGUCUUGAAUGCAGAGGAAUUGCUUGAUUAUUUUAGAAGUGUCCAUCGGGGAACAAAAGUUACAGAUGGACAGACAACAGUGGGCAUGGUGGGAUAUCCUAAUGUUGGGAAGAGCUCAACAAUAAAUGCCAUCCUAAAAACCAAAAAAGUUCCAGUGUCCUCCACCCCCGGCAGAACCAAGCAUUUCCAGACCCUCUAUGUGGAGAGUGACCUCAUGUUGUGUGAUUGUCCUGGACUAGUGUUCCCCUCGUUUGUAUCCACAAAAGCAGAAUUGAUUGUGAAUGGAAUUCUACCAAUUGACCAGAUGAGAGACCAUUGGCCCCCAGUGAAUCUUGUAUGUAGUUAUAUCCCAAGAGUGACAUUGGAGGCGUUGUACGGAAUAAACCUUCCAUCGCCUUUAGAGGGGGAGGACCCAGACCGAUCACCCACCGCGGAGGAAGUCCUGACGACGUACGGCAGCAUGAGGGGAUACAUGUCCGUCAAUGGUAUUCCAGAUUGUCCGCGAACAGCCAGGUAUGUCCUGAAGGAUUUUGUCAAUGGACGCUUGCUUCAUUGCCACUCACCACCGAACGUGGAUUUAAAAGAUUUCCAGUCUCAAGGAAUCAUUCCAAAGGACUUAAAAGACAAGCAAAGUGCUUUUUUGAAAAAGAAACCAAAGGGAGACUUUGCAUCUCAAAGCAAGCUUGACAAGGACUUCUUUAAGAAGUUAAACGUAGGCCUCCACUCAAAGGGCGUGGUCAGCGCCCAUCAGACUGGAGGGGUCUCUUGUGGAGGAAGCAGUUUGGGCAGCAGUAUGUCCUUGGCUGGAAAACCGUGGAAGAGGCAUAAUAAUAAAGGAAAACGGGAAAAAUUACGCAGAAUUUACAAAGAUGGGGAAUGACAUUGUACACUUAUAUCUUGUGCAUCAAAAGACAAAUGAAUAUUUCAUUUGAAUAAAUAAUUAUUUGAAUUAUGUGAUAUAAGUGUUAUGAAAUGAGAAUUUUAUUUGUUGCAGAUCAUGUCAAUGUAUAUAGAAUAUUUGUCAUACUGGUUCAUGGUUUAAAUAAGGAAUGCUUAACGUCAAAAUGGUCAUAAUGGCCGACUUCCUUUUGAAACUGGAAUGAAAAUAUAAAUAUCAGCAAUGCAUGUAUAUAUAUUCUUUAUUAUUCAAUCGCCUAGCUGGGUAGCUCAGUAGGUUUAAGUGUCGGCUGCUGAUUUGUACUUUUAAGUAUUUCUAAGUCGAGCAGGGGUUUUAAUUUUUUCAUCAAAAACUCUUCUAAAACUGCAUUAUUUUCAAAAUAUGAGGUAUAAAUGUUUCAUUUUCAAAACAUUAUUGUACAUCUCCUCUGCUUUCCUUCCUUAUCAGAUUUCUCUGGUGUGUUACUUCUCCUCAAAGCAAAACAAAAAGCUUCAUUUUUUUUUUGCUGGGUUGCAUCCGGCUUACAGUAUGGCGGGCGUCCCUGUAAAUUAGGGUUUGUACUUUGUGUAAUCAACUCCUCUCACACCUCAUACUUGACAUACUUCAAACUUUGUACAGUUGUUAUGGAUACAUUGAAGAUGUCACUUAUUAAACAUGUUGUUAUAUUGUGCUGAUAAAUUAUGUCUGGGAAGAGUAACCUGAAUAAAAUGUAAAUAGUC